AUGAAUCGAAUAACUUGGAAGUGUAAUAAGACUUCAGAAUAUCACUUUGCAUUGAAUCAAAAUUGCAUACUGUUUUAUCAACAUAAUAAUAAACCUAAGGGCUUUGUUUAAUUAAAUAACGAAAUUAGUAUUAAACUUAUUGACCUUAAAUUUCGAAUAAUAAGUAUGAUCAAGUAAAAGUUAUCAGGAUUAAAAGAACUAAAGAUAUCUUCAUUUAUGUUUGGAAUCAUGAUUUUUAAAAUUACGGAUCUUGAAAUUGUAUUUCUAGUGGCUAAUAAAAAUUACAUAAAUUUAUUACCUUAUAAUAUUAGAUAAACAAUUUAUUAUAAAACAGCUAUGCAUAUAUCUUCUCUAGUUAAAAUACCUUCGAAUUUUUCAAGAAAUUAUCUUAAUUCUCAUUUAUCUAGAAUCUAGAUCAACUUUACACUCUAUCUGAUGUCAUUGCUAAAGGCGGCUUUUCUAGGGUCUUUUCUUUAACUCCAAAUAUGAGACUCCCUAAUUAACCAUUCAAUUAGGCAAAAUUUACAAUAAAGAGGACCUACUUAAAAUAAGGAUUCUUAAAAAUUCUAUAAUUUAAUUCGAUCAAAAUUUUAUGUACUUAGGAAAUAAAAAUCACCUUGUAAUCUCAAACUCUAUGA